AUGGUGCUGGACCAACUGUGGGCUGCGCUGUCUGGUGCCUCCGGGCCGGCUCUGGCCUGCUGCUUAGUGGCUGCGGCCGUGGCCCUGCACUGGUCCGGACGCCGGACCGCCCGGGGCGCGGCGGCUCGGGCGCGACAGCGGCAACAAGCGGCCCUGGAGUCCAUGGACAAGGCGGCACAGCGCUUCCGGCUCCAGAAUCCUGACCUGGACUCAGAGGCACUGCUGGCCCUGCCGCUGCCACAACUGGUGCAGAAGUUACGCAGUGGGGAGCUGUCCCCUGAAGCGGCACUUUUGACCUACGUGGGAAAGGCUUGGGAAGUGAACAAAGAGACCAACUGUGUGACCUCCUACCUGGCUGACUGUGAAACUCAGCUGACUUCAGCAGGCCUGAGGCAGGGCCUGCUCUAUGGAGUCCCUGUGAGCCUCAAGGAGUGUUUCAGCUACAAGGGCCAGGACUCAACACUGGGCUUGAGCCUGAACCAGGGGGUGCCGGCAGAGUAUGACAGCGUGGUGGUACAGGUGCUGAAGCUGCAGGGUGCUGUACCCUUCGUGCAUACCAACGUCCCCCAGUCCAUGUUCAGCUAUGACUGCAGCAACCCCCUCUAUGGCCAGACCACCAACCCACGGAACUGCUUCAAGAGCCCAGGUGGCUCCUCAGGGGGUGAGGGGGCCCUCAUUGGGGCUGGAGGCUCCCCCCUGGGCUUAGGCACUGACAUUGGUGGCAGCAUCCGCUUCCCCUCGGCCUUCUGUGGCAUCUGUGGCCUCAAGCCCACGUCAGACCGCCUCAGCAAGAGUGGCCUGAAGGGCUGUGUCUAUGGACAGGUGGCAGUCCCGCUCUCAGUUGGCCCAAUGGCCCAGAAUGUGGAGAGCCUGGCGUUGUGCUUGCGAGCCCUGCUCACUGAGGACAUGUUCCGCUUGGACCCUACUGUGCCCCCCGUGCCCUUCAGGGAGGAGGUCUACACAAGCACUCGGCCCCUGCGCGUGGGAUACUAUGAGACUGACAACUAUACUAUGCCCACCCCAGCCAUGAAGCGGGCAGUGUUGGAGACUAAGGAGCGCCUUGAAGCAGCUGGCCACACACUGGUUCACUUCCUGCCAAAUGACAUAUCCCAUGCCCUGGAGACCCUGGCUGUAGGUGGGCUAUUCAGCGAUGGUGGCCACCACUUCCUGCAGAACUUCAAAGGUGACUUUGUGGACCUCUGCUUGAGGGACCUGAUCUUAAUUCUGAAGCUGCCCAGAUGGCUUAAAGGACUGCUGGCCUUCCUGUUGAAGCCGUUGCUCCCAAGGUUGGCAGCUUUUCUCAACAGCAUGAAGUCUCGGUCGGCUGGACAGCUCUGGGAACUGCAGCACGAGAUCGAGGUGUACCGCAACACUGUGAUUGCUCAGUGGAGAGCACUGGACCUCGAUGUGCUGCUGACCCCCAUGCUGAGCCCUGCUCUAGACUUGAAUGCCCCAGGCAAAGCCACAGGAGCCGUCAGCUACACAAUGCUCUACAACUGCCUGAACUUCCCUGCGGGGGUGGUGCCUGUCACCACGGUGACUGCCGAGGAUGAAGCUGGGAUGGAAGAUUACAAGGGCUACUUUGGGGAUAUCUGGGACUGGAUGCUCCGGAAGGCGGUGAAGAAGAGUGUGGGGCUGCCUGUGGCCGUGCAAUGUGUGGCGCUGCCCUGGCAGGAAGAGCUGUGUCUGCGUUUCAUGCGGGAGGUGGAGCAGCUGAUGCCACGUGAAAAUUGGCCAUCUUGA